AUGUCGGAAUCAAUGAACAAACGCAAGUUGCUUGCGGUAAUCGCCGAAGAAGACUCCGUAACGGGGUUACUAUUGGCCGGUGUCGGGCAGGUGUCCAACGAACCGGGAAAAGAAACAAACUUCUUAACAGUAGUACCAGGAAAGACUACAGUAGAUCAAAUUGAUGAAGCUUUUGAAGCGUUCACAGCAAGAGACGAUAUUGGGAUAUUGCUUAUCAAUCAGCAUUUGGCCGAUUUGAUUAGAUACAAAGUUGAUAGUUAUACUAAGGCUUUCCCAGCCAUAUUGGAAAUACCUUCAAAGGAUCAUCCAUAUGAUCCAGAAAAGGACUCAAUCUUAAAGAAGGUUAGAAGAUUGUUUGGAGAGUAG